UGUGUCAAGACUUGAGACAGUGGCCCUCAGCCCGGUAUAUUCAUCAACCAAGAAACCCUGAGCAGAUUGGGCAGCCGAGAUUGCAGAUUGCUGAAAAUUGAUUUUCUCUGGCUCCGUGAGGAAAACAUGAGAACGGGGCUCGUGUAAGCGCUCUCUUCGAGCUCCCACGUGUGGGAGAGAGAGAGAGAGAGAGCGAGAGAGAGAGAGAGAAUGGGCCUGCCGGUUGAGAGGAGGGGGAUCUUCGUCUUGUGGGUGGUGUUGGUUUCGAUCACGAUACAUCCCAAGUUCAAUCAAGCGACUGCAUCAUCGUCACCGCCGCCAUCUUCAACGCACACCAAUAACUGGGCUGUGUUGGUCUGCACAUCUCGUUUCUGGUUUAAUUAUCGUCACAUGGCCAACACUCUUUCAUUAUACAGGACAGUAAAGCGUUUAGGAAUUCCUGAUGAGAGGAUUAUACUUAUGCUAGCAGAUGAUAUGGCUUGCAAUGCUAGGAACAACUACCCAGCUCAAGUUUUUAAUAAUGAGAAUCACCAACUUAACCUGUACGGAGAUAAUGUUGAAGUGGACUAUCGAGGCUACGAAGUGACUGUUGAAAAUUUUCUAAGAGUGCUGACUGGACGUCAUGACUCUGCAGUUCCAAGAUCAAAACGUCUUUUGAGUGAUGAAGGGAGUCAUAUACUUCUUUACAUGACUGGACAUGGAGGUGACCAAUUUUUGAAAUUUCAGGACUCGGAAGAGAUCCAGAGUCAUGACUUGGCAGAUGCAAUAGAGCAAAUGCGUGAGAAGCGAAGGUUCAAGGAAUUGUUGAUCAUGGUGGAUACUUGUCAAGCAGCCACCCUGUUCUCUCAGCUUUAUUCUCCAGGUGUUCUGGCUAUUGGAAGCAGUCUGAAAGGUGAAAAUUCAUAUUCCCAUCAUUUGGACUCUGAUGUUGGUGUUUCAGUUGUGGACCGCUUCACUUUCUAUACACUUGCUUUCUUUGAGAAGCUAAAUAUGUACAACCGUGCUUCAUUAAGUAGUCUGUUCAGUUCCUACAGUCCAAGCUUGUUGAUGUCAACUGCAUAUUAUCGAACAGAUCUGUACCAGAGAGAUUUAAACAUGGUACCCAUUACUGAUUUCUUCGGUUCAGUGAUGGAAACACUUCAUACUGAUUCGGCCUACAAAGGUAUUUCUGUUGGAAAGGCCAUCAACACCCAAUUUGAGAAGCAAACUCAUCAUAUCGUUGAUAGUUCUCAGCAAGGAGAGUCAGCCAGCGUAUCUAAUCUGGAUGAAGGAGAUGUUACUAAGCAGAAGGAUAUCUUCUGGCUUCUGAAUUCCAAAUGGGAACAAUUACAAGAUUCACUGGAUAAGGUGGGGGACAGAGACAAGUGUGUGCACUUUGGGUUUGGUCUGAUGGUUCUCAUAGCGGCCAUUUCGUCUUGGCUCACUAAACCCAAGUAAAUUGGUGAGGGAACCUGCAAAAGAAAGCACCAUGAAGUUUCAUCGUCAUGGGCUUUGCCCUUCCAUGAGUUUUUGUAACACUUCUUGUUUGUGUCGAAUAACUUGGGGCAUUUAUGUUAAAAGAAUCUCAAUUAUAGCUGAUCUUCGUUA